CUAACCUAUAAUUUCGUAAUUAAUUAGGUCCAACAAUAUUUUUAUCAGCAACACACUGCAAUACGCCAUGUCCAUUGAUAAUACUAUCAUUUUCUGUUUAACUGUGACACGGGCAUCAGUAUUGUACAAAUAUUUGGACAAGAAACCCGUCUCCCGUGCCAAAGCAUCCACCGCACCCCGCUAUCGUAAACAAGAGUGACGUGACGUGGUGUGACGUAGACUGACGUAUGGCUGAUAGACCCUACUCUUACGACCCGGUCGGCGCCGGCACGCCAGUCAACCAACAGGCGCAUAGGAUGGAGGCGGGACAACUGUGGCGGCAAUACGCCAUUGCCGGCGUCGCAAAUAUAGCGAUAGCCACGACUGGCUACUCGAUGGGAUGGACGUCCCCGGUCAAUGCUAAGCUGGCCAACGUCACUACAUCGCCCCUGGACGAGCCUAUCACGAAGGACCAGGAAGCCUGGAUAGGAUCCCUUCUCACAGUUGGUGCUAUAUUCGGACCCUUCAUCGGCGGGUUCACAGCUUCAAAGUUCGGGCGAAAAUGGGGACUCCUCAGCUCCUCGAUCCCCCUACUCCUGGGCUGGAUCCUGGUGGCCGCUGCCACCACCGUGGCGUACCUGUACGCGGCCAGGAUCUCCUGGGGUGUGGGUGUGGGGAUGCUGUUCACGAUAUCGCCCAUGUAUUGCGCUGAGAUUGCUACGGACGACGUCAGAGGCGCCCUGGGCUCCUUCCUGCAGCUGUUCAUCACCUUCGGUUUCCUCUUGAUAUACAGCAUCGGGCCGUUCGUCUCCUAUGACGUCAUCGCGUACGUGGGCGUGGCUUUCGUCGCGGUCUUCGACAUAGCCUUCUUCUUCAUGCCCGAGACACCGACUUACCAUUUGAUGAAGCAUGACAACGAAUCGGCCGCUCAAUGCCUCAUGACACUCAGGGGUCGAUCCCGCGCAGGGGUGCAGGCUGAGUUAGACAAACUGUCAGCCGAAGUCAACGCUUCCUUGGAGAAGACCGCUACGAUAAUGGACGUGUUCCGUGGCGCCAACUUCAAGGCGUUCUACAUCUCGUGCGCGCUGGUGUUCUUCCAGCAGUUCUCUGGUAUCAACGCCGUACUCUUCUACAUGACCAGCAUCUUCGACGCCGCCGGCGCUGGCAUCGACUCAAGCUACGCCACUAUCAUCAUUGGUGCUGUCCAGGUGGUAGCCUCGGGUAUCACCCCCGUCGUGGUAGACCGGCUAGGAAGGCGUAUCCUGCUGAUGAUCUCGUCCUGUGGUGCCGCCAUUGGACUUGGUCUCCUCGGAAUGUACUUCCUGUUCUCGGCCAAUGACAGCCCGAUCCUGCCCUCCAUCGGGUUCCUCCCGAUCCUGGCUCUGGUGCUGUUCAUCCUCACCUACUGCUGGGGGCUGGGACCACUGCCCUGGGCUGUCAUGGGGGAACUAAUGGCUACGGAGGUGAAGGCCGUCGCCGCGCCCAUAGCUACGGCUGUCUGUUGGACUCUCUCAUUCUUAGUCACCAGAUACUACGGCCCAGUGGCCGACGCCGUGGGCCUGUACACGGCGUUCUGGAUCUUCGGCAUCUGCUGCGUGGGCGCGUUCUUCUUCUCCAUGAUCGUGGUGCCGGAGACCAAGGGCAAGAGCCUCCAGGAGAUACAGGAGAUCUUGGCUGGCAGGUCAAAAUCCGAGAAAGCCUAACCAGUGCUUACCUACCGACUCCGUGUAUAAUAUUAUAGUGUAUUGUGAUAAUCGCUAGAUUAGUAUCAUUUGUAAAUUACGACGAAUUUAUUAGUAAUAUGUUCAAAGCAGCCAAAGAGAAAGGGGUUUAUUCUUGAAUCGAACGAUACAAAAAAAAAGAGAAGUGGACAUUUCACUAAAAAUCGGACCAUGAAACCUUUUAAAGAGCUGAUGAAUAUAGCGAAGCGAUGGAAAUAUGUUAGGAUCGUGUCAAGUGGAAAUAAGUAGUCUCUGUCUUCCCCUCCUGGCAAGAGACGUGAUUCUAUUUAUGUAUUCCAGCCAUUCCCAAUUCCGUCAUGGAGCCAUACAGCUGAACAUGGCCUUUCAGUCUUUUCGAGACUGUCGGCUCUGUCUACCCCGCAGGGGAUAUAGUCAAAUAAGAAACGGGGUGUUAUAUAUGAUCUUUAACAAGACUUUUCUCCUCUCUAUCCAACUACAGGAUUUACUGAAGAGUUAGAAAGAGAGGGAAAAUAGCACAUACGCCUUGUCGAAGUUCGUGAACAGCGGGACAGGUGUAUAGGGAGUCAUUUCCUUUCAAAUAACAUACAUUUCUUAAUUACAAACUUGCCAGAAUGUUUCCUGUAUAAAAAAAAGUACAAAGCAUUCCAAUUACCAUAUAUUUCAAGUUAAACGAAUUUCGACUGUGCCAAUCGAUCAUAUCACGUGAACUUGGUCGAUCACGACCCAGCCACUUGUAAUGUGAUCGGAACAGAAUAACUCAUUUUAUGACGUUAGAAAUAAAGGCGCAAUUAUGUUUCUUCUAGAUUCGGUUCAAAUAAUCGAAUCCUUUAAACAUCCGAGAUUCGAUCUUUUUUGCACGAGUCGGUAUCGCUCGAAACGAUUCAAUCAAUCGCGAGUGACACAGAUCUAAUUUAGUCCAACCUUUGGUGAAUCGCCAUUUGUAAGAAAAGUCCCUUUGGGUUAGUAACGGUGAUGUCCAGACUUUUAACUUGGGGUAUUAACUAGAUAAAAUAUACCUACUAACAUAAUAAUUAAGAUAAAUAAUAAAUUGAAUACUGUAAUUUAUUAGAAUAGUUACAUACUUAUAUUGAAUUUAAUAUUUGUGACAAAGAAGUGUCAAGUGAUUAUACUUUAUAUACUUUGAUUCUGUUAAAUAUGCAAUAAGUACUCAAUUAAAUAAGUAAUUAACAUAUACUCCCUUAGUUGCUAUUUAGCAAUAUCAGAAUAAUCUUUGGACUCGGCCGUUACCAACUAAAACAGGUGCAUAUUAAAUUAUUUUUAUUUACGGUGAUUUUAAUAAGUUAUUUUACUACGAAUAUUAUACAUACAUAUUUAUAAUAAUUUUAAUUUUGACUUUAAUUUUCAUUUACCAGUGUAUUUUGUGAUUUUAUGUUUAAGGCAGUAAGGGUAUUUUUUUAUAGACAACAUUUUUUUUUUAAAGUAAGUAGGUAUUAUAGUACAAAAGUGAUUUGGCGAAUAUUUCUACUUUUAUUCAGGCUAUCGUUAUGCUUACAUGGACAUUAUUUCUUUUGAGUCAUAUUUAUAUUCAGAAAAGAAAUGUUUAAAUACCUACAUUUAAUAAAAAAAAAUGGAUUCAACAAGAGUUGAUUCACUUUUGCAAAUUCAUGACUCAUAUUGGCACGCGUCCAAUUUAUGAUUGAAACUGCACCUCAGAAUAAAGACGAGUGCGCUACAUUCGAGAUUUACUUUUUAAUUUGACUGCCAAGGUGAGCAAAGUCAAUCAUGUCGAUGACCUGCAUUAUGUUUAAAAUUAGAAAUAUUCGUUGUUAGAAAGUAGCAGAAUUAAAAAUAAUAAAGGCAUGAGCGUAACGCUUAGUGCGUUUAGGAAUUAAUAUUUUUCUUCAAAGCGUCUAUGAUAAAGAUAUUCGCUACUAGCGAGCUAGAGAUGUAAAAUAUUACGUACCUACCUACCGUUAAUUUAUGAAUGUUAUAUUAUUUACUUUUAUAAGGAGCUAGCCUUCUAUAAAACAAACUAUAAUUUACAAGGUUUUAUCAUUAGAAAGUCUGCCAUCUGAACGUGCCUAUUGUUUGUGAUUAUGAUAUGAUAUACAUAAAUUUAUUGUUAUGUUUGCAAAUAAUUUUAAUUAAACAUGUGCCGUUGAAUGACUUUGUUUUUGAGAUUGCGUCCUUUACUGUAGAUUUUACUAAGAGUCAUUGAUCGGUACAUUUAUAUUGUUAAUAAAUGUUUUAUCACAAAUAA